UAAUACAUGUACAUGUUUCACUAGUCAAAAAGAUCGCAGAAAUAUAUUUCUUCAAUGUGCAAAUCCAUGACUUUUUAAAAAAAAAAAAAUACAAUUGCACUCGCCAUAAAAAUACAUUUGGAAUUAAAAUCGAGAUCGUGCUCCGCACCUAUAACAAUCUUCAACGGAAGGAGGAAAGAAAUGUGGCUGAAAAACGUGAUGAUUCAAGGACAACUUUCAGACAACUCGGACAAGCUAUCAAGUUAUUUCGGACAAGAUGACAACAUUCAGUUGGUUGAGUACUGACAAAGUUCUCAGAGGUUUUGUAUAUGCUGGGAGUGUCAAGGAGAAUGGGUUUCCAAGCACACUUUCUACUCACAUCAAGAGACUAUCACAAAAAAUUUUUCAUCUGCAUUCAAGCCAAGAUUUGACCUGUCCAUAGAUGUGUACCAACAGAAGAGGUAUCAGCAGCCACUCUAUGAGGGUUCGACUACUACUGUAUUGGACGCAGUGACCAAGCACCUGUAUACCUUUUCUAUGAACCAUGGGAUGUCCAAGACAGCACUUUCCGACACUCUUCAGUGUGAAAAGUCAUCCUUGCCACAACCAAAUUAUCUGCCUGGGACAUACAAGGAGGCAAAGACAUUUAUUUCUCCAUUCCUUAUCCCGCUGGAAAAAUAUGAUGCAUGUGUGAAUGACUGUAUUGUUUAUCGGGAUUCUGGAGCCCUUCUUUACUCAGAUCUAAGUGACUGUCCGGUUUGUAGUGAGCCCAGAAAGAGCAGGAAAAUCUUUACAUACAUGCCACUUGGACCAAGGCUAGCAAGAUGGUAUGAAACGCCAAACCUAUGCAGACUUCUGUAUGCAGAGAAACUUCAAGUAAGAAGAGAUGGCAUUCUUGGUGACUUCACAGAUGGUGAACUUUUCAAAUCAUGGUUCGAACCUGGAGAGAUCUUUGAAAAUAAGAAUCCAGAGUCAUGUGUGCCACUCUCGUUGUUUACGGAUGGUGUGAAUCCAAACAAGAACAGUGCUUGUCAAAAGUCCAUGUGGCCCAUCAUGUUGACAUGGAUUACUUUGCCCCCAUCAAUCCGACAAUUACUUGGACCAAUGCUCCUUAUGGGAAUCAUACCAAGUGGUGUAAAUGGCAGCGAACCAAAGUCAUUGGAUCCAUACCUAUCCAUCGUGGUAGAUGAACUUUUAACUCUAACAGAGUUCCCAGUGUAUGAUUCUUACCGCUCAGCUCCAACGACAGUUAAAGUGGCCCUACUGCAGUAUUUGUGUGACAUACCAGCCUAUUCCAAGGUGAUGCAUUUGACCGGCCAUGCAAGUUUGAGAUCUUGUCCGUACUGUAGAGAAACAGGACAUUAUUGUAAGCACUUGAGGAAGACGAUUCACAUUUCAAACAGACAGUUUCUUCCCUUUGGUCAUCCUCUGAGGAGUGCCAGUGGAUUUGCCAUAGAUGGACAAGAAGAAAGAAGCAAACCAAGUCCUUAUACUCAGGAGGAGGAGAACAGAAUGCGCACCCAGUAUGAAUUGAAACCAAACAAAACACAGAAAGCAAACCAACAGAAGUCAACAGGGUUGAAAGGAAAUUAUAUUCUACAGCAGCUUCCUUACCAUGACAGGAUGAGACAAAUGUCACCAGAUGGGAUGCAUACCUUGGCAGACUUUAUUAGUCAUCUGAUGGAAAUGCUAGUUGGUAAGCAGAAUACACAAAAAGUUAUGUCCUGCGAAAAGAGUUUUGGUCGCUUUGAUGAAGUAUGGAAAAGUGCUGCCGAGGAGCAAGCCAGUAUUGAUCGCCCAAAAAAGAAGAAGAAAAGAAAUGUUGAAAGUGAACAGACAUUAGUUGAUUCAACACCAUGGUCACUCUCGAAGGAGCAGAUUAAAACUGCAGACGAAAGAGCUUCCUCCAUAGUGUACAGCCACUCACAUGAAAUCACCCCUGGGCCACAUUUUACCAAGCUCUGGACCUUAAGGACAAUGAAUGCCAAACUACAGUUUGUCACCUCUGGGGCUUUUGAAUGGUGCAUCAAAGAUCUUCUUCCUAUUUCUCAAGAAAGAACUCUGGAACACAUCUGCGGUGUUAUAAGAAGAAUUGUGUCACCCAAGUUGACCGUUCUGGACAUUGCCCAGCUCCAGGCAGACACACAUGAAGCGCUAUCACUUCUAGAGAGAGAUUUUCCUUUGGCAAUUCAGAACCUUACUACUCAUCUCAUUCACCACAUUGUGGAUGAUUUGGCAAACUACGGACCCAUGUAUGGUCGAUGGUUGUUUCCUUAUGAAAGGGCUAAUGGAUGGGUGACAAGACAGUGUCUAAGGAAGGGAAUGGAAGAAUCCACAGUCAUGGAAACAUAUGUGAUCUACGACUGGUGUGUAUAUAUGAUACUGAGUGGAAGGUUCAACCCUUGCGACCUGUCCACCAAUGAAAAGACCCUUGUAAAAACUAGUCAGCAGAUCAUGGAACAGAUGAGAGAUGGAUUCAGUGUUUCUUCUCAAGAAAACCACACAAAGAAGAAUACCACAUCCCAAAUCACACCAGAAAUGAGACAGUUCAUGAUGAACUUUUAUCUUCUAAACCUCAAGUUGAGCACAGUGCAGUUUUCAUCCGAAGUGACAGAGAACUAUUCAACACUGGACAUUACAGAUGAUUGUGGCCGACAGAUCCGCUAUAUUGGAACUAGAUUCAAGGGACGCAGAGAACCGUCAAUCGUGAAACUUCCUGGAAGUGGCGGACUUCUGUUUGGACGAAUAUGUUUUUUUCUUGAACAUGUAUUGUGUGGAGCAGUCCAAAACUGGGUUAUUGUAGAUGUGUAUCCAAUUGCUGAAAAAGUUGGAAAGUAUUUCCUCUUCCAGGAAAGUGUACUUGGACAGCAGCUUUUCCAUGUAAGUGUCAUCAGCAGACCUCUUGUUCAUGUGAAAGACCGUGGUGUCUGGAUUAUCAAUGCUUAGUGGGAUACAUGACUGUUUAUGUUCAUAUGAUGUCUUUGCUUUCAGGGAGAUAUGUGAAUACAAAUAAUACGUCUUGAGACUCUAUAUUAUGGUGUAUGGUAUAUUGUUUGCAAGAAUUCUUGUACAGAGAAAAUGAACCAAAGUUACCAAACACAAAGUUACACUCUUGUUUAAUUUUCAAACUCAGAUUUAUGCUUAUAGAAGAAAGUACCUUGAAAUUCGUUCAAGAUUUUUCCCCUUCAUUUUCAUGUUUUUAGACCACAUUUUUUUUGUAUGCAUUUUAUUGAUAUUUUAACAAAAUUGAGAAAUGAAAUGUAAGAGUCCUUUUUUCCAAUUCAGCAUUUAACUACUUUAUAAGAUACAGUCAAAUAAGAACAGCAUUCUCAGAUAUCUUAAAUGUUGUUUGUAGAAAGUAAAGAAAUUUGUCUCCAAUCCAUGAUCAUGAUGUGUUACCUGUUAAAUGUAUAAUUAUGUUUGUUAUCAUGACUAUUUGAAUGUUGAUGUUUUGUUUUGUACUCAAUGAAACUGAAUUCCCAAUUUUGAUACUGCAAUAAAAGAAAUUUACUGAUAA